AUGAUUUUCGCAGGGGACUUCGCGCAACUUCCGCCCGUUGGAGGGGUUAAGCUCUACGACCGAAAGGUUCAGACAGACGUCGAGCGGAAGAGGAUGUCGCUUACAGUUCAGAUGAACAUCAUUGGGAAGGCGAUGUGGCACCAGGUCACAACGGUAGUGAUACUGUCGGAGAACAUGAGAAUGAAAUCGGCGACAAAGGAGGAUCGCGAUCUCGCGCGCACCUUGGCCGACAUGCGAUAUGCUGCGUGCACACCCGAGGAUAUGGAGGUCCUUCGCCGCCUUGUUGUUGGCAGUAGUCCUGCGGCGCCUAAGAUGAACGAUCCCAAGUUCAGGAGCGUAUCGAUUAUUACCGCAAGACACGCUGAAAAGGAUGCAUUCAACGAUCUGGGGGCUAAGCGCUUUGCCGCGGAGACAAAUCAAGAGCUCACUUCCUUUUAUUCGUGCGACGCCCGUGCGUCCGAAGACACCAUCCCGGGUCGUAAGAAGAAGAAAGGCCGACCCGGCAAGAAGGCUGCUAAGUCGGGCUCAGGAAUAGCGGAACACUUACAGAAGAUGUUAUGGGAUUCGCUUCCCUGCUUCACCGAUAAUGUGCCCGGGAGGUUGGAUCUCUGCAAGGGCAUGCCGGUCAUGAUACGUUCCAACAUAGCGACAGAGCUCUGCAUGACAAAAGGUCAGGAGGCCGUCGUAUACGAUUGGUCCGCGUCCCUCGGCGACCAGAAGCAGCGAAUACUCGACGUACUAUAUGUCAAGCUGGUAAACCCGCCGAAGAAUGUGCAGAUGGAUGGUCUGGAGGAGAAUGUCGUACCGUUGUCGCGGAUGUCCCAUACCAUACGGUGUCAGCUCCCUAAUGACCAAACCGUCAGAAUAGAGCGAAAGCAGAUCCCGAUUCAACUCAACUUCUCGAUGACGGACUACGCAUCGCAGGGUAAAACCAGGACUUUCAACGUCGUGAACCUCGCGAACUCGCGAUCACAUCAAGCAUGCUAUACCGCUCUAUCUCGUGGAACCUCUGCCUCUGGAACCGCCAUAGUAUCCUCCUUCAACGGCGUGAUGCUGACGAAGGGCAUGGACGAUCAGCUGAAGAGAGAAUUCAGGAAUCUGGAGGUACUUAGCGAGAUUACGCGCUUGCGUUACGUGGGCGACUUGCCCGCCCAUGUCACAGGCGACACAAGAAAUCAGCUUAUACGUAGCUUCCUUGACUGGAAAGGCCCAGAUUAUGAGAUCCCGAAUCUACAUCCGGCGCUCAGGUGGCGAGUGACACCAGAUGAAUUAGGAACUUGGAGAUGUCGAGAUGGUGCGGUCAAGGAUGCGACCCUCGUCUUCUACGUGCGUGUGAGGCCCUAG